GCGAACCAUUUCGAAAGCGAUCGUUCGAGGCGUCUCUGCAUGUAAACAUCUCGCGGGAGAGACGCUCGCGGAGAACUUUUUGAGUCGAGGAUUCCUGCCAGCCAAGGAAGCGAUAGAUGUCGUCACUAUGUCGACCUAUCAAGUGAGGUCGCUAGAGGAGGCCGACCAGAUAAUCCGGGAGCACGAGAGGAAGACCAAGACGACCUAUGCCCUCCUGAGAUCCACCAAGAACUUCGGCUGUGUUGAUGUACCAGCUUGUGCCAAUGAUGAAAAUGAAGUACGGUUUGAAACAGUUGGUGUGCCAUAUUGUGGAGUACCAUUCUUUGUUGCUGGGCUAAAGAUUCUCCAGUGUCAGUCAUAUCGAGGAAGAGGAGGAAGAAAGAAGAAGGAAAUAAAGAUAGAGCUAACAGGUUCAGGUGCUGGAGUCAUUGGGGAGGCAGGUGUUGGUGAUGCUGGUGGUGAAGAGGAUGACCCUCCACAAAAACCUAUCGUAAAAAAGAAGAAGAAAGCUGGUCGUACACACAAAGUAGGAUGCACUGCUACCAUCAUAAUGAAAGAAGUCAUCUAUUAUCCAGAAUUUCAGCUCUUUGAACACUCAAAGAACAACCGGAUUGCAGUAGCUAGACAGCUAAAGGAUGCCUUAAAAUCAAAGACCCCAGUACAGAAAGACCGCAUCAUAUACGUUACAGUUCCUGCAAUGUCUGAUCACUUUGGCCACACAGUUGGAAUUGGCACAACAAAGCAGGCAGCAGCUAAGAGAUUGUAUGUGAAAAAUGACUUUUAUGGACACAAUGAGCCAGGGUCAAGCAAGAGAGUUUACUAUCCUGUAAAACAAGAAAAGUUAAAUAUGGCACAGCUUACUAAGAGGAUGAAAGUGGAUGAAGAUGACAUUGAAGCUAGAGCAAAAGAAGUGCGGGAAAUGUUGCAAGGCAUCAUGGGACUAACAUAUAAGCAACCAGGAACAACAGAAGCUUAUCGUGAGCUCUUCAAAGAUCUGAUGCAGGCAAAGUUAAAAUAUCAGCAGACAAUGGACUCAUUACUAGGAGGCAGCCAAAACUCCCAGAUCCAUACUGUAGAUGGUAUUGUUGGACAAAAUGGAGAGCCACUGGAUACUACUACUGGUGAGGGCACGGGAGACACUUGGCCAGUGCCAAGGACUGUCACAGUUACAGCUCCAACAGUUCCAAGUGCUACACUACCCACAGUUUCUGCUACUACUACAGUAACUACCAUUGCAGCAUCGCAAGUGCAGCAAAACCCUGGAACUGCUGCUGCUGCCACAUCAACUGCAGAUGGUAAUAAUCAGGAGACAAGCAUCUUUAUUGAAGCCAUGGAAGCUAUACUUAACUCACAGAUGUAGGUUUAAUCUCUGAGUAGGACUCAAUAAAUCUUCAAAUAAAAGCUUAGAGCAAUCAAAGCUCUAGAGUAGAAAGAAACUUUUUAUUUAGCUUUCAUAAAUUCAACUUGAGGGUAAAAAUGAAGUGCUUCUUAACUAGAAAGGAGUGAGCAUGGAAAAAAAAAUGGAAGUUUGUGUCAUUUUUCACUGAAGAGAUUUGUUUUUCCAAGUGUAUAUUGGGUAUAAAAGAAAGUGUGAUGAUAAGAAUUGUUUUGAUAUCAACCAGUCUAGAGGGUCAUGAAUAUUUAAACACUGUCAUAAUGUAAAGUCUGCAAAAGUUUUGAUCAGGCCACUUCUGCCCAUCCCAGAGUUUUGGAAGUGUCUUUCUGGAUGUGCCCUCUGCUAACUGUUAAAAGGGCAUCCUGUGCAUAAAUACACUUCUUUCAUACUAGGUGAACCUUUACUCAGACUGUAUUGAAGCCAUGGAAGCUUCAAUACACACACUGUAUUACUUUUAGAUCAUAUUGCUGUGUGUGUAUAUAUAAAGAAAAGCAUAGUUAUAUAUAUGCACACACACACACACACACACACACACACACACACACACACACACA